CGCUUUUGAUCUUCUUCAUCCCUUCCGGUGUAGAAGUCUUUUUUUUUUCUUUCUUCAGACUAAUCUCCCACGAUUGUCUGAAGAAGACAAGACAAGAAUUCAUAAGACCGGAGAUUUACCGUUCGGUAAUACUUCUCAUACCAUUUCAAGAGACUGACUUGACAUAUGAAUGGCGUCGAGGCACUUAGGCAAGAAGGGCAUUCAAGCCUCUUUUAGAGUAGGUUUGGUUCUUCCACGAGUAGUAGCAUCUACAGAGAGGCAGAUUUCCUCGACGAUUUUUAAAAGAGCUUCUGAAAGUGUCUGUUUUUCAUUCGCUCGGUAUGUAAAUGGGUUUGGUUUUAGUUCGCUAUCAAAUUGGUCUCGUAGUCAUGAAUCUUUCCCUACAGAUACAUCCAUAAGGUAUUUUCAUGCAAGCCGAGAAACAUUGGCAAGAAGAAAAGAGGAUGCUGAUCGCCUGGUGAGUCAUCGUGAACGCAAGAAACAGACUGUGAAAACAAAAGGAAAAUUUUCAAAACGGGAGAAAAAGCCGGAUAUGCCACCUGUUGAAGCUCCUUAUGUGCCUCCUAGGCUGAAAAGAUUGGCAAAGGGAUUACCUGAGAAGACUGUCGAUAUAUUUGAAGGGAUGACACUACUUGAGCUCUCAAGGCGUACUGGUGAGUCAGUGGCGGUUUUGCAGAGCAUUCUUAUCAAUGUUGGGGAAACUGUUAGUUCAGAAUUCGACACAAUCAGUGUUGAUGUCGCCGAGCUUCUUGCUAUGGAAAUCGGGAUCAACGUAAGGAGGCAACAUUCAACAGAAGGAUCUGAAAUUCUUCCACGCCCUCCAGUUGUAACCGUAAUGGGCCAUGUCGAUCAUGGAAAAACCUCGUUGUUAGAUGCUUUAAGAAACACCUCUGUUGCGGCUAGAGAAGCUGGUGGGAUCACUCAGCACGUGGGUGCUUUUGUGGUGGGCAUGCCGGAUUCUGGCACUUCAAUCACAUUCCUCGACACACCUGGCCAUGCCGCUUUUAGCGAGAUGCGAGCUCGGGGCGCCGCUGUGACUGAUAUAGUCGUCUUGGUGGUUGCUGCUGAUGAUGGGGUAAUGCCGCAGACACUUGAGGCCAUUAAGCACGCUAGAUCAGCAAAUGUUCCGAUUGUGGUUGCAAUCAAUAAAUGCGAUAAACCGGGAGCUGAUCCGGAAAAAGUUAAGUACCAGCUCACGUCUGAGGGGAUAGAGCUUGAGGAUAUUGGAGGAAAUGUUCAGGCUGUUGAGGUAUCUGCAAUGAAGAGUACAGGGCUAGAUAAAUUAGAAGAAGCUCUGCUUCUCCAAGCCGUGGAUAUGGACCUUAAAGCACGUGUGGAUGGACCAGCUCAAGCAUAUGUGGUGGAAGCUCGGCUCGACAAAGGCCGUGGACCAUUAGCCACCAUUAUUGUAAAAGCCGGAACCUUGGUGAGAGGUCAGCACGUAGUCAUUGGGUCUCAGUGGGGAAGACUCAGGGCUAUUCGGGACAUGAUUGGUAAGACAACGGACCGAGCAACACCAGCGAUGCCCGUUGAGAUUGAAGGGCUUAAAGGUCUUCCAAUGGCUGGAGACGAUGUCAUUGUGGUGGAAUCAGAGGAACGCGCAAGGAUGUUGAGCGAAGGGAGAAAAAGGAAAUAUGAAAAAGAUCGGUUGUUGAAAGCAGAGGAAGCGAGAACAGAGGAAGCAGCUAGAACAGAAACAGAGUCUGAGGAAGGGUUUGUUCGGGUUGAGUUACCGAUAGUAGUGAAAUCAGAUGUGCAAGGAACCGCACAGGCUGUUGCUGAUGCGUUAAAAACAUUAAAUAGCCCACAGGUAUUUGUGAACAUUGUUCAUAGUGGAGUGGGAGCAAUUUCUCACUCUGAUUUGGACUUGGCACAAGCUUGCGGUGCGUGUAUCGUUGGGUUCAACGUUAAGGGUGGAAGUUGUGCUAAUCUUUCUGCAGCUCAAGCCAGCGUCAAGGUAUUCCAUCACCGUGUGAUAUACCAUUUGCUGGAGGACAUCGGGAACUUGAUCGUAGAAAAAGCCCCAGGAGUAUCAGAGAUGGAGGUGGCUGGUGAAGCCGAGGUACUCAGCAUUUUCAAGAUCUUAGGAAAGAGGAGAACCGAAGAUGAUGGAGUGAGCAUCGCGGGUUGCAAAGUGAUGGACGGUCGGGUAUGUAGAAGCGGACUGAUGAGGCUGUUGCGGAGCGGAGAAGUAGUGUUUGAAGGCCCGUGCGCAUCGCUGAAACGGGAGAAACAAGACGUGGACCAGGUCGGGAAAGGGAACGAGUGUGGGCUAGUGAUGGGAGAAUGGAAUGAUUUUAGAGUCGGAGAUGUGAUUCAGUGCAUGGAGCCAGUCAUUAGGAAACCAAAAUUCAUUUCCUCUGAGAGUGGAGCUGUGAGAAUUGAAUGCUGAGAGAUCUCUAUCUACUAAAAACCCAAAACUCCUAAAAUCAAUUAAAUCUGAUUGUGUAGGAUAUUGAUUUUUGGUAUUUACCCUGAUGAUUAUUUUAUUGUCACAGAAAGGUUCUUACUUUAAACAAAACAUAAAAAUGUCAUGAACAAUAAAGUUUUGUAUAACAUUGUUUACACAUUUAAA